AAAACAGCCACUUACCUGUCCCGGUCCUGUGGUGUGUUCCCUGCAGCCAUUUCACCUGCCGUCCUGGAUUUCUGGAGGCCUGCAUCUUCAGUGUGGGUACUCGGCUGUGACUGCUUGCGGCUUUACAGCCGGGUACCCACUGCGAAUGUGCAAGUAGCGCUGCGCUUCAUGAAUGGUCCUGUAGUCUUCUGGGACCUUUCACGUGUCCAAGAAGACUACGGGGAGGGAAGGAGGGGGGAACCUUCCUAUUUCUGAUUGCCUAGGCAGUCCAACCAAAAUUAGGAGCCUGGUACCUGUCAAAUUCAGGUGCCAAUCCUUAAUGGGGAGCGGGGGUGGGGAGCAGUCCUUAAAGCAGAAUGUCCCCUUUUGGGUGGAGCUCCGCUUUAAUGACAUUGACUUC